GUAAACUGAAAAAGAAAUUAACAUAAAACUUAAAAUAAAUUAAAGAAUAAAAUAUACACAAACAAAAAAACUCAGAAUUCCGCAUCAUUGUGAGAGUAUUUACUCCUCCGUUCUCCAUCCCGUCGCCACCCACUACGAUAAGCUUCAAUUUUGUGGGGCUCAGCAAUGUUUAAGAAUACAUUCCAGUCGGGAUUUCUAUCCAUUUUAUACAGCCUUGGGAGCAAGCCUUUGCAAAUAUGGGAUAAAGAAGUUUCUAAUGGCCAUAUCAAGCGUCCGAAGGAUGAGGAUAUUCAGUCAAAUGUCCUUGAGAUCGUGGGAUCAAACAUACAGUCGACAUAUAUCACAUGCCCUGCAGAUCCAGCUGCAACACUUGGUAUAAAAUUGCCAUUCUUGGUUAUCAUUGUGAAGAAUUUAAAGAAAUACUUCACCUUUGAGAUUCAAAUCCUUGAUGAUAAGAAUGUGAGGCGUCGGUUUCGUGCUUCAAAUUAUCAAUCUCUGACACGAGUGAAGCCUUACAUAUGCACCAUGCCUCUGAAGUUGGAUGAAGGAUGGAAUCAAAUCCAGUUAAAUCUUGCUGAUUUUACCAAACGAGCAUAUGGAACCAACUAUGUAGAGACAUUGCGGGUUCAAGUCCACGCAAACUGUCGCCUGAGGCGGAUCUAUUUCUCGGACCGCCUUUAUUCAGAAGAAGAACUUCCUCCGGAGUUCAAGCUAUAUCUCCCCAUGCAGAAAUCAUAAAUGGGUGAGGAGCUGAAGCGCUAUGGCUGUGACCGGACCUGGAUGUUGAUAGAUCUACAAAAUUUAGUCUCCCACCCUAUGCAAAAGCUUAGCCCUCAUAGUUGUUUAUUCCAUGUUUAGUUGGGUAGACUUUGCAAAAAAUUACCAUUAUAGGUAAACUUGCAAAAAAUAACCAUCAUAAGUAGACUUUGUUCUUAGUUCUUACUAUGUUUGAUUAUAUUGUAUACCUCUAUCUUCCAAAUUUUUACUGUAUCAUCUCAUCUGUAUGGUUAAAAAGGCAGCAGAGUUUUACUUUUAAUGUAGUACAAAUUACCAGUUUACCUUUUCGCCAA